AGCGCGAGGAGGGCGGUUACGGGCGUUCGUUACUCCCCGCCCCGCUGAGGAGAGCGGAGCGCUGCAGCUGCCGUGUGUCCUCCCGUCCUCCUUCCCCGGACGCUAUGUUUGUUCCUUGCGAGCGUGGCGGGGGUUCCGCCAGCUCGGACUUUAAAGGUUUUACUCUACUUAUGCCAGCAGUGUCAGUGGGAAAUGUUGGUCAACUGGCAAUAGAUCUAGUGAUUUCCACAUUCAACAUGACUAAAGUUGGUUACUUCUACACUGAUUGCCUGGUGCCAAUGGUUGGAAAUAAUCCGUAUGCAACAGCAGAAGAAAACUCAACAGAGCUGAGUAUAAAUGCUGAAGUGUAUUCCUUACCUUCAAAGAAACUUGUUGUUCUGCAGAUCAGAUCACCUUUUAUAAAGAACAAGUACAGGCCAUUCUGUCAAACACUGCUUUCUUGGGUGGAAAGCAGCAAAUGUGCCAGAGUUGUUCUUCUGUCUAGCAGCCAUGCCUAUCAGCGCAAUGAUGAGCAACUUCUUGGGACACCACUGCGCUACCUACUUACACCUGAUCUUGAGAAGGCAGUUGGAGGCCUUAUGCAGGAGCUAAACUGGAAAGAAAUGGAAAAAGUAGCAGCUUACCCUGGAAUAAAUGACACAGAAAAAGUUCUACACAUUCCUGGAGGUGGCAUCACAAAACUAUUGUUUACUGAGAGCUGUUCGAAAGGAAUCCAAAUGGCAGUUCUUCUGAAAUUCUGCUCAGAAGGUGACAACAUCCCUGAUGCAUUUGCUCUUGUUAACUAUCUUAAUGAGUGGCUGCAGUUAAUUAAAUGUGAAGAUAAUAAUUACACAGAUACUUCCUCACAGUGGAAAAUACCAAGUUCCUGGCGCUUACUUUUUGGCAGUGGUCUUCCACCUGCACUCUUCUGAUCAGUUUUGAAUUGUUCUGUAAGUCGUGUGUAGUUCCAAACAUCCUCCUGGAAGGAGAAUACAUAGUAAUUGCCAAGCACCAUCAGGUUAAUUCAUUGUGUACAUAAAUUCUUUAUUUAAGAAAAGUUGUUUUCACCUGUGUGGGUAGCUAAAGGAAAUUUUGGAAACCUCC